AUGCUUAUCCCCCUUCGUCGGCUUGCACAGCAUCCCUCUGACACUGCUGCGCAUCUUAUCCUGCUUGCGUUUCCGCGCCUCGUCCUCCGCCUAACUGCAGCUACCCCUUCGCAAUCGCUUACCGCAGCAUGUGCCCUUCUUGCUCAGCGCUUCAUCAGUGGGGACUGGCAUGCGCUUUUCCUUGAAGCCUCUGCCGCUGCCACCCCUGCUGCUCGCCCUCUCAACCUUGCUUCAGCACGCUCCACAGCCACGCAGGCUCGCCUCCAUCGUGCCGCGCGAUUUGCUAAGUGCGGCGACUGGUCUCGCUCCCUGGCAGCAUUGGAAGCCGGCGAGUUCGCACCCCCCUCCUCGGAAACCAUCUCCUCUCUCUCUUCCAAGCAUCCACCAGCUCCGCAGCCUCUUCCUCAUUGGAUAUCCACCUUCACCCCAGACUCUUACCCACAGCUUUCAGCCCCGCUCCUCCACCUGGCUCUUCGAUCAGCCCCACGGGGUACCGCGGCUGGCCCUUCGGGUUGCCUCUUCUACUCCUCCCCGUCUCCCCUUCACUACCGCAACGGCCCCACCCUCCAUACAUUCGAGUCCGCCUCGGGUGUGCGCCAGGGGGACCCCUGCGGUCCCUUUCUCUACGCCCUCACCCAGCAGCUUGCCAUUCUUCCCACACAAAACCAGUUCCCAUCCAUCUUCAUCUCCUCUUAUGCUGACGACACCUUCCUCGUUGGCCCUCCUUCAAUCAUCACCACUGCCUUCACAGCCCUGACCGAUCGCCUUCAUUCCUUGGGCCUUACAGUCCAACCCUCGAAGUGUUCCAUCUGGUGCCCUCUUGACUGGCCUCAGGGCUGCGCAACUCCUUCGGGUGUACCUAUCGCUCCCAACGGCCUCAACGUUGCGGGGGUCCCGAUUGGCUCGGACGGCUACAUCAUCUCCACAGUACAGGAGAAGCUCGCCUCAUUUACUACCUCUCUUCCUCUUCUUCACCAGCUUCAUGACCCUCAGACUGCCUCCCGCAUCCUCUCCCAGUGCGUCUCAGCCCGUCCUUCCUUCCUCCUCCGGACUGUAUCGCCAUUCCCAGAGAUUCAUGACCUCUUCAGCUCUUGGGAUUCUACCCUCUUGGACCAUUUCACCCAGCUUUUUGGCCCCGGUUAUUGGAUCCCAGACACGGAACAGACAAAAACAGCGCAGCAGCAAGUCUUUCUUCCAGUUCGCCUUGGGGGCUUUGGCCUUCGUUCCUCCGCCUCUACAGCACCUCUUAGUUACCUCUGCAGUUGGGCCCAGUCGCUUCCACUACUGUCCACUCACUUCAUCACUGACGGCUCACCACUUUUCCGCCCCUUUCUCUCAUCUGACACCAUUCAUCGCCUCGACGAGUUCAUUCCAGCUGCUACUGCCAUGCUCCCAAAAGAAGUUCGUGACCGUUUCCCUUCCUGGUCCCACCUCCUACCCGGCUAUCCCCCCAAACUCUUCACUCAUCUCUCACAGCAGCUUGAGGCUUCUUUGCUCGAAAAAGUCCGCUCGUCUGUCACUUCCCCACUUCGCCUGGCCCGUUUAACCUCCCUGCAGGGCCCGCAUGCGGGGGAUUGGCUUACUGCGGCUCCUUCUUCGCCUCAGUUGCAGCUCACUGAAUCCGAAUGGCGCAUCGCUGCUGCUAUCCGCCUUGGCCUCCCCAUUCCUCACCUUAGCUCCGCUGAAACUUGCGCCUGUGGACAUCCUUUCUCUGACUCCUCCCUCCCAUCCCAUGCCCUACGCUGCCCCAAGAACAACGAGCCUACCAGAGUGCAUGACGCCAUCAAACACGAACUGCACCGCAUUAUCUUGGAGCUUGGUCUCGUGUCGCAGUUGGAAGACCACCACCUCCUUCCAGGCCGCCGACCUGACAUCACCUGCAGGGACCUCCAAUCCGGCACCACCUUGGCUUUGGACGUUUCGGUAGCCGACUCGCAGCACGGCUUCCCCCACUCCAAUGCUGCCACCGUCAUUGGGUCAGCCGCAGCUACACGCGAGACUGAGAAGGCAACUCUGUACGCACCAUCCCUGCACGCCCGUCCCGACGUCAAGUUACUUCCACUGGCGCUUGAGACUUUCGGCAACAACGCACAGAGCCACGUGUCGCGCCCCAGCGUCGCCGUGCAAGGCAAAGCGCGUAGUGCCGUCGUCCCGGUAGCGUCAUGUGCGGCGAGGGCGGGUGGUUGUCGGGCGUGGUCGUCUGUGGGUAGGGGUAACGGGUGGCAGCAGAUGCCAGCGCACGUGGCGGAGACGAGUGAAGCUGUCGGGUCCGAGCGAGCAUCUCCUUCUAUGCCUCACUGCUCCUCUGCUUGUUUUUACAACAGUCACAUGAUAUUCGCCUGCUCCUCGCCCCAUCCCACCCCACCACCAGCCGGCAACCGCCAUGCAUUCAUCCGAGCCCAGUCCGGCUCGGGAACGGCUGUCGGGAUUGUGGUGGCCUUGUUGCAGGCGAUUCACUCCUCCGCCCUCUUCUCUCCCUCCGCCCCGCCCCUCGCCCUCACUUUCCUAUCCGACUCCACCCCCCAUCGCUACCCCCUCAGCCCCGCGGCUCUCUCUGCUCUCAUCCGCCCUGCCGGACUAGAGGUCGGAGCUGGGUUGGAGGAGCAGAGAGCUGGUGCUGGGGGAAAGCAUGGGAGGGAGAGCAGGGCAGAAGUGGGGUACGAUCCAUGGAUGCAAUUCCUCAUGGGUAGUCCUGGUCCUCCCAUGGAAUUGGAUGCACCAGCACGGAUGCAUGGUGGUGACUCCUUGACUUGCCACCGACUGCCGUGUCCGGAUCCAGAGUCAUUGGAUUUGAUGCUGCGAGCCAUGGCACGGGAUGGGCGGGACUUGUUUGACCUGCUGCGACUGGUGCGGCUCACACACGCUGCCAUGGACAGAUCACAUGCUGACAUGAACGGGUCACAUGCUGACAUGGACAGGGCACAUGCUGACGCAGCCAGUAUGCAUCUUGACAUGGCAGAAGGAAACCCCGCUCCUGCUGCAACUGCUCAUGAGGCAGGUAGCAGCAGCAAGCAAUCCCCUCCGCGUACCCACACCCUCAGCCCAUCAGCUUAUAGCAGCCUCAUACGCGCGUGUGUGAAUGGCGGGCAAGUGAAGGAGGCACGGAGACUGCUGAGGGACAUGGAGAGGAGAGGCGUGCCCCCCACACAGGCAGCAGUCAACAUGAUCGCUCACAUGCACUUUUUGCAUGCCGACCCUGACGCUGCCCUCUCGCUCCUGCACCAUGUGCGGGCGGCGCAGAAGCUGCCGAUGAACGCCGCCCUGCUGACGACGUAUGUGUGGGGGCUGGGGCAGGCUGGGCGGGUGGAGGAGGCGGAGGAGCUGCUGCUGGGGGCGGUGGGGGGCGGGGGGGGGAUGGUGGGGAGGAAUGGGGGGAAUGGGGGGGAAGGGGGCGAUGGGGGGGACGGGGAAGGGAUGCGUGUUGCAGCAGUGCAGCCGAAUGUGCGCACAUGGAAUGCUCUGAUGCAUGGGUAUGCCUUAAAGGGCGAUGCUGAUGCUGCUGAAGGCGUGCUGGGACUCAUGCGCGGGGAAGGAGGAGUUAUGAGCGGUGGAGAGCGGUUCGAGGCAGGAGGAGAAGGAGAGUUGGGGGUGGGAGGGAAUGUUGUUGGAGCAGGGGUUGGAGAGGAGGAGGAGGACGAGGACGGAGGGGAGAGUGAUGGGACUGCGGAAGGGUUUUGGGAUGGGGAUGAAGAGUACGAGGAGGGAGAGCGAGCGGGGGAAGUGAGAGAUGCAGAAGAAGCAGGUGAAUUCAGCAUGCGGCGAGAACACCAUUUGUGCCAUCAGCAGCAGCAACACCAACAGCAGCAUGAAGCUGAGAGGCCUCCCAAGCGCAAGGCUCGGUUCCCGUGGCCCAGUGUGCGACCCAACACAGUGACGUACACCACUCUCAUGGCAGCAUAUGCAGCGGCUGGGAGGAGUGCAGAGGUGUGGGACGUGUAUCGGGAGAUGCGAUCCCUCUCCAUCCCUCCCAACCACUUCACCUUCGCUACCCUCGUCUCCUCCUGCGCCGCCCGCAGCCGCCCGGAUUUGAUUAAGUCGGUGCUCGCUGACGUGGCGGCGUGUCAGCAGCGCGCUGAUGUGGCGCUGGUGACGAGCGUGCUGGCGGGUGUGGCGGGGUGCUGCAGCGGGAAGAAGGAGGAGGCGGGAAGCGUGCUGAGGUGGUUUCUGGGGGAGGUGGAGAGUGAGGGGGGCGUGGGAGAGGCAUGUGCAAGGCUGAUCCUGGAAGACGGGCUCUCCGAUGCUCAGGUGGUGGCAGGCCGAAAGGGCGCUGGAGAGGUGAUGACAACACCCAGACAACAAGGCAGAGGGGGUGCCACCGAGCUGGUCCACUUAGACGGCGACACGUGGCAGCUGGACGUGCGGCGGCUGUCGUAUGGAGGAGCAGCAGUGGCGCUGAAUCAGUGGCUGGUGAAGCUGCUGCACGUGGUGCACUGCAAUGACACUGCCCGGCGCCAGGUGGGCUCUGCUGCUGCUGCUAGCCGCGACAGCGUGGACGAGAGGAGUAGGAGCAAGGUGCAUCACCAACGAGACAACCCAAGCCAGAGGGGAGGGGGAUCCGUGCAGAGCAGCGAGACAGAGGGAGAGGCAGAAGCAACGGCAGUGGCAGGGGCAGGGGCAGAGGGAGAGACAGGGGCAGGGAUAGAAGCAGGGGGGCCGGAGUUGCUGGUGCAGCUGGCGCCGGCAGCAGCGUGGCAGCGAGUGCUGGUGAGAGUGACCGGAGGAGGGGGGGGAGCGAGGAGGAAGGGGGCGCCGGGAGUGGUGGUGGCGCCACACCAAGUAGUGGUGGUGACAGGGCAAGGGGGUCACAGCAGGUGGGGGGGGAAGAAAGGGGGCGGGCAGGGGGAGGGGCGGGUGAGGCAGGCGGUGGUGCAGGAGGUGGGGCGGCUGGGGCUGCCGUUGGGGGUGGGGGGGGCGGGGGCAGCAGCAUGGGGGGAAGUUAGUGGCGUUUGGGCCGGACCUGGUGGCGUGGCUGAGAGGCCCGCACGCUGCUGCCAUGCUGCAACUCGUGGACCAUGA